AUGAACCAAAGGUUUACAAGACUCCCACAGGCGGCGUGGGUGUCCCCUUCAUCAGAUGGUGAAUGCGACUACAGCGCUAGGGUUCUUCACCUUCCGGACUAUCUUUUUACUUGCCCACCAAGUUAUUUCCCCCCAGGCCUCGUACUUACAUGA